AUGACAGAAGAUGAAAAUGAAUUCAUGCCAACAGCAACAUUGUUAAAGUUUUCUAAAUCGGAAAGAAAUGAAAGGAAAGGAAGACCGCUUAUAACGGGAACUAAAAUACAGACAACACAAACUUCAUCCACUAAAGAAGACUCGGUGACGAGAUCACCGCUAUUAUCAUCAUCAUUAUCAUCUAUCAAAAAGAUAGAUAAUGGGAAAAAUGCACCACCAAUAAUGACAUUAGAAGGAAAUAAAUCCAAAAAAGCAACUACUUCAACUAAAUCUGCCCAUCAGGGUUGUUGCUAUUUUUACAUUGUCUUAUGA